UACCCACAGAGUGCGAAUGGACGAUGGUGCCAAUCUAUCAGUUACCAUUCUCGGGGGGCAAGACACACAGAAGCCCUUGUUGAUUGCCCAUCACGGUGCUCCUGGUCUAUCGUCACAUGCUGAACCGGAAUCCACGUUUGGCUUUUUACAGUCCAAGUUCCGAGUCCUUGUAUACGACGCUAGAGGAAGUGGCAUCAGCGAUCUCCAGCCGCCCUAUACCCAUGAGCGAUGGGUUGCGGAUAUUGAAGAAUUACGGAAAUGGGCCGGUGCAGACAAGAUCGUGCUAGCUGGGGGCUCCUAUGGCGGAUUCAUUGCGCAGGACUACGCACUGGCCCAUCCCGAUAGGCUGAUAGCGUUGAUCUUGCGCGGCACUUGGGCAUGGGGAACAGCCGGCAUGAUGCAGGCUCUGAAAGCAGUCCUCUCGUCAAAGCGAGUCAAGGUAGACGCCGAGCGACAGUAUCGCAUGUGGACGGGUAUUCUGCGUGAUGACGACGAUUUCGCAAGAGGCGUGACAGAGAUGCAAGCUCUCUUUGGACCAGACACCCAAGAGACAGACGACAAAGAACCUCUUGAAAACAAACCACAGAUUGGCCGCGUUCACUCGCAGACGCAGAACUUUGCCUUUUCACAAAACAUGCCUAGGUUCGAUGUCCGCCAUCGACUACGGGAUAUCACGGCCCCUACUUUGGUAGUUGUCGGCCGCCAGGAUCUCGUUGCCCCUGUAGCAUUUAGCGAAGAGAUUGCACAAGGUAUUCCAGGUGCUGAGCUGCACAUCUUUGAACAGUCUGGACACAACCCAGCCAACGAUGAGAGAGACGAGUUCCAGGAGCGUCUUUGGCGUUACAUUUCGGCACUCGGCUUCUAGUCGUCUCGUUUCUCCGAUUUUUAUUUUAUUGUACUUUCGCUUUCUGUUUUUAUUUUCGAAUUUCCUUUUUAAGCCAUUAUAUUCGAAAUAACUUCCCCUUUGCGUCUAGUGGCAAGCGCUUUGUC